CCCCCCCCCCCCCCUUGGCCCCUCCCACCGAAGACAAUCAUGCUCAAGGCGUCCUUCCUCCUGGCCUUCCUGGCCCUGUUGGCUGUGGCCUCCGGCGCCCCGGUGGCCGAUAGCCUGGUCGUGCCGCGCGUUGGCCUGGCCGGCGUCCAGAAGCCGGGCCACUAUUCCACCAAGACGCUGAAGGCCCUCGCCAAUGCCACGCUCAACCCCUGUGAGUAUGAGCUUCUCUCUUUCCAGCGUAGCAUCGAAGACAUGGACAACGCUUGCAGUGUGUGGGCCCUCGAAAAGGCCGCCAGCCUCGGCAAGUGUAAUGUCGAGUCUGCCAACACGCACCUCGGAAAGACGGUGGACAUCACUCGCGCCCAUGAGGAUUGCGCACAGGUGAUCAAGUCGCACAAGGCCUGGUGCCGCGAGACCCAGCCCGACUCCGAGGCCGCCAACUACGACCUCAGCGAGUUCGAAUGCCCUACGCGCUACCAGACCUCCCCCAACAACAAGAGCUUCCCGCGCAAGGGCUGCGACAAUGUCGGCCUCGGCAAGAUCUACGCCUCCAUCGAAAAGCACUGCGAGCCGGGCGACUUCCUGGGCGUCACGCUGGACUCGCUGUGCUUCAACAAGAAGUGCGCCUCCGCACUGGGGGAUUUGUAUGUGUGCGCUCGCGACCGCUUCGCCGCCGUCUCCGACUUCUGCGUCAUGACCAGCCACACCUACUCCUUCGAGGUGUUCUGCCCGACCUCCAGCCCGGGCUACAAGAUUAUCAGCGCCCUUGACUGCUCCAAGGUUGAUUAUGUCUACAACCCUGACAAGGACUAUGCGCCCGUCCGCGAGAACUAAACAUUCGCUCUGCCUCUUGGAGGGCUUGGUCCUUGAGCUUCCUGCAGUUGACGCAGAGCGCGUCGCGUAUCUGCGAGUAGAUACUUAAAAUACAUAUCUCUUCACGUAUGAAUGUAUGUAUGCAUGUGUGUCUGUUGCCUGCCCUAUCGACACCCCUUUCCGCCUCCUCCCUGUAGUUCUUCCAAAUGCAACCCACCUGAGAUGACGCCCCUGCUCUUUGCCUGUGUACCUUGGUGAGCAUC